UUGAAAAAAGAAUUAACUGAUUUAUAAUAAAUCAAUAAUUUGAAUUAUUUAUUUAUUUGCACGAAAUUCAAAAUUAUUUUAUAAAUAAUUCAUUUUUUUUUUUUUUUUUGGAGUGAAAAUUUAAAAUUGCCGGCAUUUUUAUCAAUAAUUGGGACGAAAAAAUCAAUUUGUUUAUAUAUAUGUAUAUUUGUAUGAUAAAAGGAGUAGAAAAAUUUAUGUGUCAUUGUCGUGAUGAAUAAAAAAAUUAGAAUUUAUUGAAUUAAAUGCGAAGACACCAAAAUUACAAUUAAAUUAUUCAAAAUUUGAAUUGCUUUCGAGCAAAUUGGAGAAUCUAAAUGAAUAGCAUUGGAGAAUCGUGUAAUGAAUUAAAACAUCAGUAUGACACGUGUUUCCAAGCAUGGUUUUCUGAUAAGUUCCUGAAAGGUGACACGAAUGACUCUGUGUGUGCUCCACUCUUCAAAAUUUACCAAACAUGUCUCAAGAAAGCUAUAAAGGAUCAUAAAAUAGAAAUAAAAGACAUUGAGAUAAAUCAUUUGGGAACGAACAAUGAAAAACUUCCCCCUAGCUGACCAACCGACAAUUCUUACAAUCAAUGAAUAAAGAAAAUGUAAACAUAAAU